AUGUAUAUUCUCCUGGAUCCCGUAGGUCCUCUCAUCAUGGUUUAUGCCUUCGUACGUGAUCAUGUUCGUAGUCAUCAUCGGAUGUGGAAUGUUGUUGCUGUUGCCGUAUUUUCAGCGGUUUGCUUCACGUUGAGCGUUUUCCGAUCCUUACCAACUGUGAAUGAGAAAUACGGCAUACUCGCUAGUGAUCUUAGUUCCUCUGUAAUAUAUCUGAUAGUGGCUGCAUUAGUUGUAAUAUUCGUACAUCUUUAUGGAGAACGUGAAUAUUUGAUCGACCUAUGCGAGUUGUAUACACUGAAAGAAAAGGAGAAUCCAUUCAUGUCACCUACAUACUCACGGCAAUUUGUGGUUUUUGAUGCAGUCCCUUUCGCUUUUCUGCAGACUCUCUUGGAGAGUUUGACGAACGUCACGAAACGUCGCGAACUGUUUGUUUGUGAAUUGGCCGAAAUCUCCCAGUCUGAGCGUGUAAAGGCGUGCUUCUCGCUUCUCAAAUUCGAAUCGAAACUUGGAAUGAUUUAA